AAAAACAAUCCAAUUGACAUUUCUCUCUAGGGAUUUUUAGUUGAUUAUGUUGGCAGUACAUUAGCAACGUUCAGUAACUUAAAUGGCCGAAAGGCCGGGUGUGAAAUUUUGUGAAAGAAAGUGCUAAUUUUCUAAUAUAUCCCGGCAAUAAAUCACAAAAUAAGCAGCCAUGGCGGUGAACGUAUACUCGACAAAUGUUACAACAGAGAACCUCUCUCGGCAUGAUAUGCUCGCUUGGGUCAACGAAUGCCUCCAGAGUAGUUUUGGCAAAAUCGAAGAAUUAUGCACUGGCGCUGCAUACUGUCAAUUCAUGGAUAUGCUCUUCCCAUCAUCAGGCUCCGUUCAGUUGAAACGAGUGAAAUUCCGCACCAACCUCGAGCACGAGUACAUUCAAAACUUCAAAAUCCUACAGGCGGCCUUUAAGAAAAUGGGCGUGGAUAAGAUCGUACCGAUCGACAAGCUGGUGAAGGGCCGUUUCCAAGAUAACUUCGAGUUUUUGCAAUGGUUCAAGAAGUUCUUCGACGCGAACUACCGGGGGAACGAGUACGACGCGUUGGGCGCCAGGGGCGGCGAGCAGAUGGGCAACGGGGGCGCGAACGCGCCCAAGGGCCACGGCAUGAUGCAACGGAAACCGGCGGCGAUGGUGCAGCCGACCGCCGCCCCCAAUCGGGCCGGUGCCGCCUCCGUCGCCAACAAGCCUGUCGGCAAGGCCAGGGCCAUGCCUAAAGCGGCCCCCAAGGCGGCCCCGAUCGCUGCCAGGCCCGCCCCCAACCGGAACGCCGGCGACUUAUCCGGGAAAAUCGAGGAUUUAAAUACUCAGAUCGCCGAGUAUAAGAUGACCGUAGAGGGGCUGGAAAAAGAGCGAGAUUUUUACUUCGGAAAGUUGAGGGACAUCGAGGUGAUGUGCCAAGAGGAAGAGAACAAUCCCCUGAUCCAGAAGAUUUUAGAUGUACUGUACGCCACAGAGGAGGAGAGGGAGGAGAUGAUUUACACGGAAAAAAUGAUGAAGAAGCUGAAAGUGCUUACGGUCAUGAACGAGAAGUCGUCGAGCGAGACUCACCUUCCCAAAUUGUAUCCGGAAAAUAAUAAUAAUAAUUUCGGUGGGUUAGUGGAUCAAAGGCGCUAGUUUGGUUUGUUAAUUGUUUAUAUGAAAGUGUCUUGUUUUUGCUAAAAAGCCCCUAAAUGACAAAAAGAAAAAUAUAUUAAGACUUUCUACUAAUAUGUGAGUAAUUGUGGCUUUAAGUACCAAGAGAAACAGGAAAAAUAAUUAUUGCCUGGAUGAUGUCACGAAAGUCCUGGAAUAAAGUUAAAAAAACCCUUUUUUAAGGCAUUUUAAUAUUUUCCAGGGAAUAAUUGUUUAUUUUUCCAUACUUUUUAAGGAUUUUUAACUCCAUUGAUUUUUCUUUAAAAUUUCACGAAAUUGGAAUAGUUUGUAUCUUUCAAGCAUUUGCUCUCUAUUUUAUUCCAGGUAUUUAGGGCAUUAAUAUUAAAUUUGUUAACGUUUUUCACUAAACUCAUUGUGGGCUCAGUUUCAAACGAUUCCAAACAUUUAGGAUAAUUUUCAGUUUUAUUCCAGGCAUUUGGAAUUAUUUCUUUAAGCGUUCCAGGGAAUAAUUUUCACGUGUUUCCAGGCUUUUUAUUUUCCAAUUUAUUCCACUCACUUCAAAUAUUUUCCUGGCCUAUUUAUGUCAUCUAUGUAUAUGUCUUCCAGAGAUAGAUUUUCUGUCUUUUCCAGGCUUUUCAAAGUAUUUUUAGCUCUAUAUCAUCUAUUAAAAAAAAAAAAAUAGCAAAUUCGAAUAAAUUAUUCUCACUCUCCAGUAUUUUGGAAUCAUUUAUUAAUUUUAUAUUUAAACAUUUAAUGCUGGGGUUUCCAUUCAAUUUUUUAAUACUUUUUGGCUUAUUUUCAAACGGUUCCAGGCAUUUUGGAUAAUUUUCAAUGUUAUUCCAGGCAUUUCCCACUAUCACUUUUGAAACACUCGCCGAACUGCAAAAUGCUUUGUCAUUAUUAGUUGUUUUUAUUGACAUUAAUGCCAAAUCGACGAUAUGCUUUCCUCGCGACAUGCUGUGUACAAAUAAUAUCAAAACUUAUACAAAUAUUGCACACUUUCCUCUACGAAAACACAUAAAAUCUGACAUCACUUCUUAGGUUAGGAUCAAUUUACAGUGAAUAAAGGUGUUAAAUGAUCUUAACACCUGUAUUCACAGAUCGUUCUUUUUGAGGCAGUUAACACCUUUAUCCACUGGUUAUCUCGAAAAUGGUGAAAGUUGGCAGCACAGAAGUUCAUAAAAUAUGUGUAAAAGGACUUUAUCACCUCUAUCCACUAAAAAAGUAAAUUUUUCGAAAAAUGUUACUUAACAACUUUAUCCAUCAACCCCUUCAAUUUUAGCUGUUAAAAUUUCGAGUUUCUUUCAGGCAUUUUAAUACUAAUUAGGUAAAAUAACAAAUUUAAAAUAAAAGACAGAAGGAAGAGAGCAAGACAAGAGAAAACAAAGAAGCAUUAGAAAGUAAGAAACGAAGAGAGGACAAAGUCUAUAAUAUGACAGAUCAGGGAAUGUAAAUUUGUUAGCAGUUUAUGAACAACAUGUUUCUUUUUUAAAUGAUUAAAUUCUGUUAAUUUUAUAAAAAACAUUUUAUAAAUUUUUAAUAAAAUAAAAAAAAAUUUCAGGUCAUUUUUCUUUAGAUAGUAAAACACAUUUAAUCCAUCCAUAAUGAUGAUUUUUCCCAGGCAUAACUUUGCAAUGAUGUUUUACUUCUUAACUGCUUGGAGUAUUUUUUUGUUGGUUUUUUCCUCGUCAGACAGUAAAAUCUAUUUUAUGCCCUAACUACCUGUAAUUAAAAAAUGAUUGGAAUUAAACAACUGGAAUUUUUUAAUAUUCUGCAGACACUAAAACAUAUUGCUUUCCUUAAAUACUAUGAUAAAAAAAGACUACUGGAACACACCAAAUAUUCUCUAAGAAAGAAUAUAAAUACCGAGGAUAAAGUUAAAAAUCCUUAACUGGUCUGAACACUUCCCCAAAAAUCCAGGAAAACUGUGUGCUUAAACUAAAACGACAAAUCAUUAUUUAAUUCAAUAUGCCUAAUAAUAAGUCGUUUAUUUAUUCGUCUUCCUUAAAAAUGCUUCCCCGGGCACUUUUUUGCUACGAACCACUUUAUAAUAAUAUUAAGUAUAAUGGCCUAAAUAUGAAUUAUAAGGUUCAUUUAAAAACUGGAUAUUGAUGUUUUUCUCUAUAGUGACAAUCAAGAUACUGGAUUGUCUAGUUUUAAAAUGAACCUUAUCGCGUCAUUAAAAUAUACGUAGAUAUUUAUCAUUCACUAAUGGUGCUUUUAGGUUAGUAUGUUUAGAUUAGUGAGAAGCUCUGUUAAAACCAUUAUAUUCUUAUAUAUUUAUUAAACUUUUAUACAUCU